CACGUGAGACGGACUUCGACCCGCAUCGAUUGAGGAGGGGCGUUGGUCAUGUAUGGUUCAAGCCUCUCGGAUGUCGUGGCGUUCUCUUCUCAGUGGCUCACAAAAAGCCUCGCGCUCGACUGUCAUCGGGAUGAUCUCACAAGACACGAAUGUCAAUGAUCAUGAAUGCUACUUCCAAUGCACACUCAAUGCACAUUCAAUGCAUAAUCAUAAUGAUCAAGGUGUAGACUAGGCACGGUCGUGCUGAUCCUAGUCGUGUGGUGCAUGUUCAGUCCGAUCCCUUCUGACAUGCUUAUGCUGAUGAUGUAUGAUUCAUCUCACCCAAUGGAUGCGCCAAACAGGGACUACACCAACCAGAGAUCGCAAGUCUCAGGCAGGAGUGUCAAGAUUUGCUUGCGUUCAAGAUUCUGGCUUUGUGUUUCCACUGAGAAACGAACCAAGGCGCGGAGGCUUGUGCUCUUGUGGUCCAACAAAUAUCACGCAACAAAAAUCACUAAUAUUCAACCAUAACGCGGAUCGCGUUUUUUCCGUAUUGUAUUCAGUCGCUGGAAUAUAGUCGAACUUGCCACCGCUAUGAUUAUUGUAAUCUACACGCCAUUCAUUAGAUGGAGGAUAGAUUAAAGGGGGAUGUGAUCCAGUUCCCCCGUUUAGCAAAUAUUAAAAUGGUAAGAAGAUGAAGAAGGUGAUGAUCCUAGUCGUAUGGGUAUGUCAUCAGCAUGAACGUGAUGGAGGUCAUUGCAAUCCUAUGGCGACAAAGAUCACAGCACUGAAAUGCCACGCCAAUGAUGUGGGUCCUUAUCGUGUUACUUAUGAGCAAGAAGGUCCACACAUUUGAAGACUUUGCAACCGCAUGAGAAUCAUGCAAAACCUUCACGGUUUGCGCAAAUGAAACAGGCCGGGAAUUAUAUAAAGAACGCGUCACCUUGAGGGUGAAGAAAAGCAGUCCUAGCGUUCACAGACAGCAACCGCUACGAGUUCGCCGAUGGAUCGUUUGCAUCUUUAUCAAUAUCAUCAUCAUCCUCCUCGCCCUCGGCAAUUUUUUCUCAAUUCGGAGGGAGACGAGGAGGCUUUUGUGUUAUUCAAAGUAGAUCAAUUACAGACUUCUGAUUCAUACCAACCAGGUACAUUACGACUUGACGGAACACUGCCCGGCGCUUGGUGUCACAUAAUCCAGUGUGAAAUAACGAUGAGUUUUUGGGUUCAACUCUAUUCGAUUGCAGCAGUCAACAUCUUCAUCAAGUUGUACGUACGGAAGGCCUAUUUUCUCCAGAUCGGUCGAGAUGAACAGGUACCUCAGCAUUUAUUUUUCAACAAAUCGAAGCCAAUUUGCGUGAUGUCCUUGCUACGCGCAGAAAAGUUUGUCACUUUCAUCUGACAUCUUCAACCAAAUAAGUUCUUCCACCCUUCUGACUACAACUACAGGUUGUCUGCACGAGGCUUUUUACUCUGCUAGCAUUCCAUAUUCCACAGGGAUGACGAAUUGUUGGCAGAGCUCUAGGAUUAUCGUUUUCGGCAGAAGAUUGUGUAGAAAGCAUGAAAGAAAUUAUUUUUUUACGUUGCGAUCGAUGUCACGAUUGCGCGUUUCAAACGGAAAAUGCUGAAAGUUGUUUCAUGUGAUGCUGAUGAGCAGUACAGUCACGAAGUUCUUCUAUUAGGUAUACAGAAUUGUUACAACAACUACAGUGGGACAGGGACAGAUGAAAGUUAUCAAUUUGUACAAUUUCGGACACUGUCCACAAUCUUAGCAGUUAUGCAUCUCUACGUUUGUGAAAUUCCUACAGAAGUCAGAGUUUUGUUUUACAGCAAAAUACAUCAAAACUAAAGUCAUAUUGAUUAUUCAUCAGAUUCAGAUCUGCUUCGUGUUCGUAAAAACGAUAAAACUCGUUUGAUCUUAUCAUCAAUCUGUUCCACUUCCAAGUCCAACUCGUUGUUGUUCUCUCCUGUCUAGAAAUAGCAAAGCAAAGAAAAAAACAAACUUUUUUACAAGGAAAAAUAUUUCACGUUUGCACUAGGAUUGACGGGUUGAAGAUGCGGAGUACGACUUCUGAUCGCUAUCAAUUUUUAAAAGAAGCUUGAGAACAGCACUUUUUACAGGAUGACUCGUCAGAUUCAUUCAUUCUGAUUUAUUGCUGGGACUACUGACAAGUGGAAGAAGACAAUAACUACAAAGACCAGGAGUCUGAUGUGUUAAGGUUGAACUACAAGAAGG